CUGCACAGGCUGGCAUGCUGCAUCAUCAGUGUCAGAUGUAUCUGAUCCGCUUUAUCAGCAUUUCCCUCUUGUAGCGCUGUAAACAAUAUUUUCUGUCGUCUCUUUGCAUAGUCAAGGAAAUACUGCAUCCUUGAUUUCCAUAUAAAUCCACAUAAUACCAACCUUUCGACAAAUCUAAAAUAUUCUUACAUAUAACAUCACUUAAUUUAUCUUCCACCCAUGCAGCUUUUAGCGCAUCUAAUCUUCUUUUCACUUCCUCAGCUUUAGUUUUACUCAUAUGCUCAUCGAUUGCAGUUUGUAAACUCGCUAAUACUUCGUUCAAUGCCCGUUCCUUGUCAAUAGUCAUUGCACUCGUACUGAUUUCAGCAUCUGCACUGGAAGGAGGUAUCAAAGGAGGAUGCGACGCUGUUGUCAAAUUAAUGGAAGAUUGUGGCAAUGGUGGCAUAGACGUUGACGGACUUGAUACUGGAGUCUCUUUAUUGGAAGUUUGUGGAGAAGAUAAUGGAAACGCUACCCUCUUGUUCAAUACUCGUUUAGUGGGCGUCGUUGUGGAACUUUGCGUGCCGGAGUAUGCCCAUUUUGGAGGAUCGUUCCAUCCUGGAUCGUGCCCAGGUAAUAGAACCUUUUGCAAAGAGUGGUUUUUAUCUGCGACAUGAAAAUUCACUUAUUACACAGGCCAUUCGAACGAUUGUACACGAUUAUAUUUUUAUGCAUACGUUUUCACAGUUAAAUGUCUGUUAAACUCAAGGAAAACAAAGAAGUAUGUUAAAAUAUUCAUAUUACUUGUCUCGUUUUCAUUCAUUCUUGUGGUAUAAUCUUCCGGUACUACAAAAAAAAAGUAUAAACGGGGACGAGUACAAUAAAAAAUUACAAUUUACAUUUAAUUCUGUAUUUGUUUACAUCGACAUAAUCCAACGGAUCUGUUCAAUAUUGAGGUGUCACUAACCCUGCUGAUCCUGUAACUAGAAUCUAGUUAUCUUGCGCGCUGUGAUUGCGCAGGUUCGCAACAUUUCGAUCUUCAAUUUGAAUUCAAAAUCGGAUUAAAACGAUAAACUUGCAUUCGUGGCUGAAAAUAGAAUAAAUUUGCGACUUGAUAAUAUUACACGAUAUAAUUUCGACAAAGUCACUGCGACGUUAUGAGCGACGUGAAAAGCACGAAUCAUUAAGUGAACAAUGGAUCAUUAGAUCAUAAGAUAAUGGAUCAUCACAUUAAGCCUGGAUCAGUAGAUGAUAUUUUUCGAAUCUGUUGGGCUCGAAUUGCCCGAGCUCCGUGCAUCGAUCAAUUUUACACGAAGCAGAUGAACUAGUACAGAUUAUAAAUCACGAAUACUAAAGUGUGUAAUAAAUUAUGCACUAUUACCUAACGUGACCCACGAAUACGAUAUAUAUAUAUUAUCGACGAACUUAACACACGAACGCUCUGUAGAAAGCGAAACGUUUUUAUGAAUCUGACUUAUUCACGUAAAAGCUUGCGGUCAUGAAGCUCGGCCCUCUGUUCCAACCCUCUAAUGUCUACAAAGAGUCGUGGUACUUGUUUUUCUACAUGAAACUGUUAGGAUUAUACCCGAUCAGGUUCCACAGAUCUCCAUAUCUGAACCACAUAUGCGGAAUCAUAAUUCUGCUACCCUACUACUGUCUUUUCAGCAACGUGUUUCAUUACACGACACGAAAAAUGAAUCUCAUGAUGAUCAUAACCCCGGCAACUAAAAUACGUCAGCUCAGAUUCUACACGAACGUUGUUAUGUUGUUCGUCGUCGUGAUAUCGACCAGCCGCCGCUGCGACAAGACGCGAAAGGCGUUCGAGAAUCUGAACAGCGUCGACGAAAACAUGAAAUUCUUGAACGUUUACAUCGACUACAAUAGAUGCAUGAGAACCGACAUCGUUCAGAUCACGACCGUGGCGUUCGUCACGAUACUAUUCAACUUGAUGGAUUACUAUGGUCUAAGCGACAACAAUAGAAACUACAUGUACGUUCUGAUGUGGAUCGCGGAUCGAACGCCGGAUUUCGUUAAUACGAUCGUCUUAUGCUCCUUCGCCGUGCUGACACGCAAAAUCCAAUUCCGAUUUCGAAAAAUCAACGAGCUUCUAGACAGCAUCAAUGGCGGGAAAAAUUUCAUCUCUGUCAUCGGAUCGGACGUCAACAAUGAUUUCAGAUUGAUACUGUCAAAGGUGCUCCUUUUGAAGCUGUGGAAAACGGUGUCGCUGGUGAACAUGGUGUACGGAAUUUCGUUGAAAGUUUUAACGGCGUUGUACAUUUUAUACUUAUGUUUGCACAUAUGUGUCGUGUAUAAUUGCAGCGAUUAUAACCAGUAUCUGGUAGAUACAUUUCUGAGCGUACUUUGGGGUUCUUUAGACAUAGCGAAAUUGGUCUAUAUUAUCCAUUUGUACCGUAUUUUACUGAUACAGGUNCUGUAA